UUCCUAUAUUUAAAAGGCCACAGCCGGAAAGUUUCAGACAUUUUUAGCGUGACUGACUGCAUCGCUGUCUGGCCGGAUUUGCUACGUUCUUCUGUUCUUCCCCGAAAAGGUUGUGUUUUAGGAAUCAUGCGUGAGUGUAUCUCUGUGCACGUUGGCCAGGCAGGUGUCCAGAUAGGAAAUGCCUGCUGGGAGCUCUACUGUCUGGAACAUGGAAUUCAGCCUGAUGGGCAGAUGCCCAGUGAUAAAACAAUCGGGGGAGGAGAUGAUUCCUUCAACACUUUUUUCAGUGAGACUGGAGCUGGAAAACAUGUGCCCAGAGCAGUUUUUGUGGACCUAGAGCCCACGGUCAUUGAUGAGGUGCGUACAGGAACAUAUCGCCAACUGUUCCACCCUGAGCAGCUGAUCACUGGAAAGGAAGAUGCGGCGAACAACUAUGCCCGUGGACACUACACAAUUGGCAAAGAGAUCAUUGACCUGGUGCUGGACAGAAUCCGGAAACUGGCUGACCAGUGCACUGGUCUUCAAGGCUUCCUGGUGUUCCAUAGCUUUGGUGGUGGCACCGGUUCUGGUUUCACCUCCCUGUUGAUGGAGCGCCUGUCUGUCGACUACGGGAAGAAGUCUAAGUUGGAGUUCUCAAUCUACCCAGCUCCGCAGGUGUCCACUGCUGUGGUAGAGCCCUAUAACUCCAUCCUGACCACACACACCACCUUAGAGCACUCAGACUGUGCCUUUAUGGUCGAUAACGAAGCCAUCUAUGAUAUCUGCCGCAGGAAUCUCGACAUAGAGCGUCCUACUUAUACUAACUUAAACCGAUUAAUUAGUCAGAUUGUGUCGUCAAUCACUGCUUCCCUUCGCUUCGACGGUGCCCUCAAUGUUGACCUGACAGAGUUCCAGACCAACUUGGUGCCAUAUCCUCGUAUCCACUUCCCACUGGCCACCUAUGCCCCCGUCAUCUCUGCUGAGAAGGCAUACCACGAGCAAUUAACAGUUUCUGAAAUCACCAAUGCCUGUUUCGAGCCAGCCAAUCAGAUGGUGAAAUGUGACCCUCGACAUGGCAAGUACAUGGCGUGCUGCCUUCUGUACCGCGGCGACGUCGUGCCCAAGGAUGUCAAUGCAGCUAUAGUCUCCAUUAAAACUAAGCGUACCAUCCAGUUUGUGGACUGGUGCCCCACUGGAUUUAAGGUUGGUAUAAACUAUCAACCACCCACUGUGGUUCCUGGUGGAGAUCUGGCCAAGGUCCAGAGGGCCGUGUGCAUGCUAAGCAACACCACUGCCAUUGCAGAGGCCUGGGCCCGACUGGACCACAAGUUUGACCUCAUGUUUGCGAAGCGCGCCUUUGUUCAUUGGUACGUAGGUGAGGGUAUGGAGGAGGGUGAGUUCUCAGAGGCCAGAGAAGACAUGGCGGCUCUGGAGAAGGAUUACGAGGAGGUUGGAGUAGACUCCAUAGAGGGUGAUGAAGAGGAGGAAGGAGAGGAAUAUUGAUGGGCACAAAUGCACUUAAUGUUUGAGUUACCAAAUUGGCUGCUCGUAAAUACUUUGUUGCCUUGUGAAGAAUUUGCUUUAAAAAGUUCACUGCUUGGUGUCCUGAAAUCCCAAAUUGCUGCAAUGCGGUAAUUUAUUUAUAUACCAAAGAAAUAAAGUUCAACAUAUCCAUGAUGGUGUUUUUGUCAUGUGUUUUUGAUUUAGAGUUUUACGAUAAGUAUAGCGUUCAUCAGGGAUGUCCAAAGUGUAGCCCAGGGGCUGUGAUGGGGUUGGGGGCACUAACCUUCACAGCGGUGAGUGAAUGCAUCAACAGGCAGGCCAAAUGAAAUUUAUUUGCAAAGUUUAAUUGGUGAUUUGUUCCAUCUGUUCAACAUUUUGAUUUUUAAAAGUAUUUUGGAGACUCCAACAAUUGAAAUAUUUAAGACUAUCUUGACCCA